AUGGGACGAAGAGUCCAACUCGUCAUCCGUCUCCGUCCAGGGGAGGGCGGAGCCUCAUGCGUCAGUGUUGGUGUGAAUAAAAAGGAAAUUACGGUGGUGGAUCUGUCAGGAACACAUGCGAGCAGCACCCCUCGAGAAUUUCAUGUUGAUCAAGUCGUUCAAGAAGAUUGCGGCAAUGAAGAGCUGUUUCGUAGUCUUGUACUUGGACGCAUUCGUUCCUCGGCUGAUGAACCUGACACCUCAUGUUUUCUGGCAUAUGGGCAUACCAGCAGCGGUAAAACUCACUCAAUUGCUGGAACAGAUAAAGAACCGGGGUUAUUGACACUUUCCGCCGAGGCGUUACUGCACACGUACGGUGUGGCUGAGGUUGCAAUGCUAGAAGUGUAUGGAGAAAGUGUACACGACCUUCUAGCCCAAGGUGAGCGACGCAUGAUUCGGCGUCGCGCAGGCCCUGACGGAACGGUAAUAAUGGUAGAAAAUUUGACAUCUUGCUCCCUAACGUCGAUGGAGGAAUGGAAGGCGCUCUCGGAAUUUGGGAUGCUGGCAAGGCGAACGGCGCCAACGGAGCGUAAUUCUCGCAGUAGUCGUAGUCAUGCGAUAUUUACUAUUAAAACCAGGGGUAUGCGUCUAUGCUUAGUAGAUCUUGCGGGAAGUGAGAGACAGACCACAUACUCACCACAACUGAAUAAGGAAAGUAUUGCCAUUAACAAGUCCUUGUCGCGUCUUAGUACGGUGUUGGAGGCUCUUAGCUCAGCAAGAAUGAAAUCAGACGGUAGCACAUCGUACGUGAACUUUCGCGAUACCACACUGACUGUGCUUCUUCAACGAUAUCUUUCCGGUGCUUCUAUGACGGUAUUUCUUGCAUGUAUUCAUCCCGAUACAGCGUUUUACUACGAAACAAUGAGCACUAUGCGAUACACACAGCGUCUAAAGUGUAUCAAUACUAAAAAUGCUCCAAAGAAGCCAAACGAGGAUAUGAGUUUGUUUCAAUUAGGAGAAAAUCAAAAAUUGUUGGAGGAGUUAAUGAUUUUGAGAAGAAUUGUGGGAAGGCAACAUGAACAACGGGAAGAAUAUCAUUAUUACAAUGAUGAAUUUCGAAAAGUUAGUGAAGAAACUGUGAUUGGCCGAUUACCGAAGGAUCAUUGCUCAGAUUCUUUAUUUCAGAACCAUGAAUCUGCUCUGCAAGAAAGCUCUCCCAUGAUUUCCGCGUCUAUUGUGGGGCAUCGGCAGCGCCUACUGCGUUAUAAAGAUGCAAUGCGCGUGGCUGGUUGGCUUCUUAGUCGGAUUCUCAGUGAACUUCCAGAGCUUUCUGUGGGGUUUGAUGAUUAUUUUGACACUUAUUUGCCUUCUCAAGUGCAAGUGGUUGGUUAUAUUUCUUUGAUGACAUGUAUGGCGCCCCGUGAUGUCAACGAAGCAAUGGGCGGUUUGGCGUUUCUAGACGUUGGGGACAUUGCUAUGGGUUUAUCUAUGCUUGAUGCUGGGAUUCCGGCAUGUGUCGGUCUCCACCGAUUGACUUGUGGCGAGAGCAACACGUGGGAGGCGCAUGAGUACGAUGGAGUCAAUAGGGUUUUUGUUUUGGCAUUUUUUGAGAUAAAUGAGCACCUGGUGGAGAUAAUGGGUGAUACUCAUGACGCCUUUGAAUGCUGUGGUGGCCUUUUAACCCUUGAACCCUUAGUGCCCUUGGCGAUAGUGUUGUGCACUCCACUGGAUUCAUCGGACGAACUGAAGGAAAAUGUUUUGCAACACCUGGUUACACUUCAAGGUGAGCAGGAUGGGGCACUUGAGAGUUCCAUUGGUGGAUCAUCUUCGCUAUCGCAGCUCACCCCAAUGCAUACUGGCAUCGACGGCGCUAUGGAAAAUCCUAAAUUAAGUUUAUUGAAAGCCAUGACGCAGUGGCGUGAUGAUUACGUUAAAGAGGUUACUUCUUCGAGUGAUACUGAAAGUUUCUCAGCGGCGCCACUUGCAGAAGAGAUUGAGCGACAAACGUUGAAUAAACUGCAGGUUUGCUCACCGUUCCAGGAGUCAGCGUCUGUGAAUUCAGGGGAGGCGUUCUCCAACGAAAAAACGACAAUAAUUCAUCUAGACCAUAAAUUACAUGCGAUUUAUGCUUCAUCAUCGUCUUUUUCAUCCGAAUCAUCGUCGGAUUCCUCUGUAAUUUUAGGGUCGAAGCUCUCCUUGCUUUCUCCGGCAGUUGCAGAUGAAGGCCAAUGUCAAGAAAUUUCGAGGACCCAUAUGUCUUCAGAGUGCCCCAGCGAAACUGAAUGCGAUGCUGAAAAGGGUGUGGGUAUGCCACAAAGCAUUGAUAGAGAGGUUCAUGGCGCGAAUCAAGUUGGCGUUUCCGUUUCCCCUGCUGACGUGCACGUGGAUAUGUACAAUAGGCCUUAUCUGCCACACGCGCCGCAAACAAAUUGCUACUCUAUUGAAGAGUUUCCAGCAUAUGCUGUUAUUGCUCGAGAGCGGAGCAAAAGUGAUAAAAAGGACGACUGCGCAGAAUGUUCUGCUACUGCAUCGGUGUCUCCUCCAGAAAAGGAGAGGAUAUAUGAGAAAAAUGAAAAGAAAAAGAAAAAGAAAAAUUUGCAUAGAAAGCGGAAACCUGUGCUUCAGGGGUGCCACAACUGCGUGGUUUUAUAG